UCUCUGAAGGUUCAUCUCCGUCAACCUGGUCUCAAUUCCCCCAUACCCUUAGACAUGGUCCCUAACUCUCUUGACGACAUGUAUGACGGCUGCACUGAACAAAUGUACAACAAGGUGCAGAAGGAAUAUCUGGAACAUGAAAACAACAGGGAAGGGAUCUUCAAACAAGCCUGGAUGAAUGCAGAAAAAUGUGCAAGAAAGGCCAAGUCCAAUUCUAAAGGCAAACUUACACAUGAUCAUAUCAAGGCUAUCUGUGCUUACACAGCAGGUUUCCCUAAGAUAUACCCAGUGUUCAACCAAGCAGUCCGGACCAAAAGAACAGAGUACACAACCUCCUUCCAGUUCCACUCCCUGCAUUUCCUGCUGACUGACGCCAUUCGCCUCCUGAAACUAAACCAACAGACCUGUCACACCACAUACCGGAGAACCAACAUGGAGUUUGGAGGUGAAGUUAACAAAAUAAUCAGAUUCGGCUUAUUUGCCUCCAGCUCUCUUGAGAAGGGAAUUUCAAAAAAAAUUGGAGACAAGUCUUGCUUUGACAUAAAUACAUGUUUUGCCGCUAAUCUGAAGUCCUACCCCAACAUGGGGAAUCAUGAAAAGGAGGUGUUGAUUCCACCGUAUGAAGUGUUCAAAGUUACUGCCGUGAUGAAGAAAGAAAAUGAUGAAAACCUUUGGUGCGAUGUUGUGUACAAACUAGAGAGUAUCAAACCCCCCAAGAGUAACCUGAAUUGCAACAUUUUUAAGAAGCCAAUUAUUAAUUAA